AUGUAUUCCAACCGAAACAAUCAUCGUCCAGACCAAGAUCGAAAGCGCUCGAGGUCACCAUAUCAUGGCAUAGAUCGUGAUGUGAAACGCACACGGCCGCGGUCGCCAUACCGCAAGUCCGGAGAUGACCAUCAUGCCAGCAAGAAGUCGAAUGCGAUACAUCUCCCAUUCCAUGCCCAUCAUUUGCACAAAAGAGGCGUAGAAGCAUACCGCCCCUUGCUCGCCAACUACUUGGACGUACAGAAGAAUCUGAACAUUGAUGACCUGGACGAAGAUGAGGUGAAAGGGCGAUGGAAGAGCUUUCUGGGCAAGUGGAACCGUGGUGAGCUUGCAGAGGGCUGGUAUGAUCCCGCGACCAAGCAGAAGGCAGAUGAGCGGUAUGAGGUACAAGCUGUAGUGCCCGCAAGAGACCGAGAUCCACCCCCUGCCCGCCGUGCUGUACAAGAAGCACCGGUAAGCGAUGAUGAAGAGGACGAUGGCUACGGUCCUGCUUUACCAGAACCGACACAACAGCGUGCUGGUCCGGCAAUACCACGUGCGGAAGACUUUGAGAUGAGACGCGAGCAAGCUGAAGAAGAUCGCGAAGCUCGUCUAGCCGAUGCCCGCUACGACCGCAAACAAGAUCGCAAACUUCAACAAGAACGUCUAGACGAGAUGGCACCACGUGCAGACCCGGGUUCACGUGAGCGCCAGCUUGAGAAGAAGCGUGUGGCAACCGCCACGAAUCGUGACUUCCGCGAGGCGAAGGAUGGUGGCGAGGUCGAAGUGGCGGAGAAUGAUUUGAUGGGUGACGAUGGCGACGGGUACAAGAAGCAGAGGAAGGAAUUGGAGAAGAAGAAGUCUGAGCGGGAGAUCCGGAAGGAGGAAGUGCUGAGGGCUAGGGCGGCGGAGAGGGAGGAGAGGCUGGAGCAGGCGAGGAGGAAGGAGGACAAGACUAUGGAUAUGCUGAGGGAUAUGGCCAAGCAGAGGUUUGGGUGA